AUGACAUUCGCAUCAUCCGCCGCGCCACCGCAGCACCAACAGCACAACCACACCGGCACCGGCACCGGCACCGGCACCGAUGACGACCCGCCCGCCAUCGAGGUCGCCGCCGGCACCUCGGAAUUCACCCCUGUCCGCCCUGCCGACACGCCUCAGCAUGCCACGAUUGCCUCAACGCCACGCUCUAUAGAUGGCAGCACUGGCUCCGACGACGACGACGGCCCCAAAGACAUCGAAAAGCGAUCCCACCACGAUGGAAAGCUCACACCAACAUCCUUGGCCGGCGUUCCGCCCGCCACAUCGACCACCAGCCCAGGCGCCGCGCCCGGCGACGGCACAAAGAAGCCGCACUGGCUCCAGCAGGACGAGGUGCUGCUGCCAAAGAACAACAUGUUCCUCGUCAUGCCCGCCCUCAUGCUCGUCGUCUUCCUCGCAGCCCUCGACCAGACCAUCGUAUCGACCGCCCUCCCCGCCAUCUCUGAACGCCUCCACGGCUCCGCAGGCGCCUACUCGUGGGUCGGCAGCGCCUACCUCCUCUGCUCCACCGCCAUGAUCCCCCUCUACGGCCGCCUCUCGGACCUCACCGGUCGCAAGCCCCUCCUAUUCGGCGCCAUCUUUGUCUUCCUCGCCGGCUCCGCCAUCUGCGGCGCCGCCCAGUCCAUGAUCAUGCUCUGCAUCGCGCGCGGCGUCCAGGGCGUCGGCGGCGGCGGCAUCAUAUCGCUCUCCAACAUCAUCAUCGGCGACAUUGUCAGCCUCGAGGACCGCGGCAAAUACAGCGGCUGGAUCGGCGCCGUCUGGGGCAUCGCCUCGGUCAUCGGGCCCCUCCUCGGCGGCGCCUUCACCGUCGCAGCGGCCGGCGGCUGGCGUUGGUGUUUCUUUGUCAAUUUGCCCAUCGGCGGCAUCGCCUUUGCGCUCCUCUUCUUCUCGUUGCACCUCAACCCGCGCCCCAAGAAGUCGGUGCGCCAGAUGUGCGGCGAGUUUGACUUUGUCGGCCUGCUCUCGGUCAUCACGGGCGUCGUCCUGAUCCUCGUCGGCUUCAACUCUGCCGAGACCAAGGGCUGGGGCGAGGCCGAGACGAUUGCGCUGCUCGUCGUCGGCUUCGUCGUCCUGCUCCUCUUUAUGGCCUGGGAGUUCCGCACCACGCGCAAGCCCAUCGUGCCCCCGCGCCUGGUCAAGACGCGCACCACGGGCCUCAUCCUCGUCUCGGUCGCCCUCCACUCGCUGCCCUUUUUCGGCGCGACCUACUACCUGCCCGUCUACUUCCAAGCAGUGUUUGGCGCAUCGGCCCUCAUGUCGGGCAUCUACAUGCUGCCCUUUUCCCUCGUCAGCUCCCUCAUGUCGAGCGUGACGGGCAUCGUCAUUACGCGCACGCGCUCCUACCGGCCGGCGCUCUGGUUCGGCUGGACGGUCAUGGUCAUCGGCUACGGCCUCAUGACGACGCUCGACGCCCAGUCGUCGCAGACGCCCCUGGUGGGUCUGAUGGCGGCCAUGCCGCACGGCGACAUGUCGACGACGACGGCGGCCAUGCAGCUCAUCCGCAGCCUGUCCGGUACGAUGGGCAUCGCGAUUUCGGGCGCGCUCUUCAACUCGGAAGCCCAGAAGCGGCUCGAGCGGAUCCCGGACUUUGAUCCGCGCAGCAUCCUCUCGGAGAGCGGCGCGCAGGACCUCACGGGGCUGGUCAAGAUCCAGCCUCCCGAGCUGAGCCGACAGGUCAUCGACGCCUACGCCAAGGGCCUCCAGGUCGUCUGGAUCCUCUUUGCCCCCCUUGCCGGUGCUGGCUUGCUUGCCGUUCUGGGUGUCAAGGGAUACUCGCUACGUCGUAACAUUAAGCGCGGCGAGGAGGAGGCCAAGGUGCCGGCCGAGGGCGAGGGCGAGGGGGAGAAGGUGCAUGAUCCUGAAGCUGGUCUGCGCCACGACGGGGCAGAUGCCAAGGACGAGGACGAGGGCGAGCCUACUUCGCCUGUCACUCCCACAGCGCCGGCAGCGCCGGCAGCGGUAGCGGCACCAAAGUCUACCGAUGCUGUCGAUCGGUGA